UUCCCGAAUCGACGGUGGCGGGCGCGGUGGAUUUACGCAAAAGCUGUAGUGCUGCUGCUCUUUUUGUCUGCGCGGAGUCCACUCGGCCGCCAGCUUUUCUGAUUUCUUCUGAUACUAUACGAGUGGAAACUUAGAAUGGCGUCAAAGCGAAUUUUGAAGGAACUCAAGGACCUGCAGAAGGACCCUCCAACCUCAUGCAGCGCAGGUCCCUUGGGAGAAGAUAUGUUCCAUUGGCAAGCCACUAUAAUGGGGCCACCUGAUAGUCCUUAUGCAGGAGGUGUUUAUUUAGUGAACAUUCAUUUCCCACCGGAUUAUCCCUUUAAGCCACCCAAGGUUGCCUUUAAGACCAAGGUCUUCCACCCAAAUAUUAAUAGCAACGGGAGCAUCUGUUUGGAUAUUCUGAAGGAACAGUGGAGCCCUGCACUGACCAUUUCGAAGGUCCUGCUAUCUAUCUGCUCGCUUUUGACUGACCCAAACCCGGAUGACCCACUUGUGCCUGAGAUUGCUCAGAUGUAUAAGACUGACCGAUCCAAGUAUGAGGCCACAGCUCGCAACUGGACCCAGAAGUAUGCCAUGGGAUGAAAGACACUCAGCCACUCCAAUCCACCUCUUCGUUUAGAUUGAUUAGAUAUUCAAUUUCUUUUUUUUUUCCCUGAAAAACGAUGGGUUUCAUCUUUGUUGUGGUUCAUGCGCUGCUGUCAAUUGAAUACCAGGCUUUCAUUCACACUCUCCAGUUAACUGGAUUUCGUAACUUUAAAAUUGCUUAAGUUUUAAACUU